ACCGAUGCGGAAGUCGCUCCUGAUUGGUCAAUUUGUGCCGUAAGUCUGUCGUAAAAUACACAACUGUCGUAAAAUCCUCUGCCGUAAACUGGGUCGGUCCAUAGUGGAGAAAAUGGCGCCUGUUUUGGUUUUGGACAAUGGAGCUUACACGGCAAAAGUCGGGUUUUCCACGGAAAAAGAGCCGAGGUUGAUCCCUAACUGUGUUAUGAAGUCAAAGAGCGAGAGAAGGAAAAAUUUUGUCGGGAACCAGAUUGAAGAGUGUAAAGACUUGUCUGGGCUCUUCUACGUGUUGCCAUUCCAGAAGGGAUACCUGGUGAACUGGGAUGUACAGAGACAAGUCUGGGAUCACAUCUUCAGUAAAGAUGUCCUAAAUGUGAACUUUGCUGACACUGUUGCCAUGGUAACGGAACCCUUCUUCAACUUCACCUCCAUCCAAGAGUCCAUGAACGAGAUCUUUUUUGAGGAGUAUCAGUUUAAGGCACUACAGAGGGCAAAUGCUUCAACUUGGAGUGCCCACAAGUACAGCAGUGGUCAGCAGAAGAAGCCCCUUUGUUGUGUAGUGGUGGACACAGGGUAUUCUUUCACACACAUCACACCAUACUGUAGAGGCAAGAAGAUGAAGGAUGGCAUAAGAAGAUUGAAUGUUGGAGGUAAAUUGCUGACCAAUCAUCUGAAAGAGAUCAUCUCGUACCGACAGCUUCACGUCUUGGACGAGACGUAUGUCAUGAACCAAGUCAAGGAGGACGUAUGCUACGUCUCCUCACAGUUCUACAGGGACAUGGAGACAGCCAAACUUAGAGGAAAAGAGAACACAGUGCUGAGAGACUAUGUCUUGCCAGACUUUUCACAGAUCAAGAGAGGUUAUGUGAAGCCCUUAGAAGAGAUGAAUUAUGCCGGAAAAUACAAGGGAGGGGAACAGAUUAUCAGAAUGGCCAACGAGAGGUUUGCUGUUCCAGAAGUUCUCUUCCACCCCUCUGAUAUCGGCAUCCAAGAAAUGGGUAUCCCAGAAGCCAUUGUGCACGCUGUGGAAGCCUGUCCGGAAGAAAUGCACCCCCACAUGUACAUGAACAUCAUUCUGACUGGAGGGAAUGCACUAUUGUCUGGGUUCAAGGAGAGAGUAUUCUCGGACUUGAGAGCUCUGGUGCCACAGCAGCUGGAGGUCAGAGUUCACCAGCCCGACCGUCCAAUCACGUACGCCUGGGAGGCAGGCGUUGCCCUUAGCAACACAGCUGGCUUCGACAAGAUGCUGGUUACCAGGCAACAGUACGACGAGUAUGGUCAGAACAUCUGUUCUGAUAAAUUUGAUGUGUGAAGGAAAGCGUUUCUGUUGCUAAGGA